AUGAAGAGAGAGAGAGAGAAGAAGAGUGUUACUAAGCUGACAGAGAAGAAGAGAAUUAAGGCCUUGUUCAGAUCUCAAAUACACUUCAUGAUUCAGAACAUUGAGAAGACAGCUCUGCUCUCUGAGCAUGUUAAUCUACUUACUGCUGAGGUGAAACCUGAGACAGCAGAUCAGAAAAUGCAGGAUUUUGAGACACAGAUUGACCUGACUGAGAAGAAGCAGUGA